UAAAUUCCUAAAGGGAGCGGUGUUUCAUCGAUUGUGUGGGUCGGUCUUGCAGUAGCCACUUUCCCUCAAAGAUGGCUGGUGUUCGAGUUGUGGGUGUACUCUCCAGAUUUAUAACAAGGAGAUACAACUUUCCUUCAGGUCUCUGUCUACGCAAUUUCACCGUGGCUUCUUCUGCAAUGGCUCGAACACAUGUCAACUACGAGAUCAGAGAGGAUGUAGCAGUGGUCCGCAUCAAUGACCCAAAUUCCAAGGUAAACACACUGUCACAGAAGAUGCAGGAAGAGAUGACGGAUGUGAUGAAUGAGAUCUGGGGGAACGCUAACGUGACGAGUGCCGUCCUCAUCUCCUCCAAACCUGGCUGUUUCAUCGCAGGAGCAGACAUCAACAUGAUCCAGGCUUGCAAGAGUGCAGAGGAGGUCACCGGUCUCUCUCAGGAGGGCCAGAAGAUGUUUGAGAAGGUGGAGAAGUCACCCAUCCCCAUUGUGGCUGCCAUCAAUGGCUCCUGCUUGGGAGGAGGGCUUGAGUUAGCCAUCGCUUGCCAGUAUAGGAUUGCCACGAAGAGCAAGAAGACUGUGCUUGGCACACCAGAGGUCAUGUUGGGGCUUCUGCCAGGGGCUGGGGGAACCCAGAGGCUCCCUAAAAUGGUUGGUCUACCCAGUGCCUUUGACAUGAUGUUAACGGGACGGAACAUCCGCGCCGAUAAAGCUAAGAAGAUGGGGCUAGUGCACCACCUGGUUGAUACCCUAGGACCUGGACUGAAGAGCCCAGAGGAGAGGACCAUUGAGUAUCUGGAAGAGGUGGCAGUAGAGGUAGCCAGAGGCAUUGCCAGCAAGAAAGUCCCCCUCGCCAAGGAGAAGGACCUGAUGCAGAAAAUUCAGGACUAUGUCAUGAGCUAUGAGAUGGUGCGAACACAGAUCUACAAAACAGUAAAAAACAAAGUCAUGAAACAAACCAAGGGCCUGUAUCCGGCACCCCUGAAAAUCAUAGAGUGUGUGAAAUCAGGAGUUGAACAGGGACCUGAUGCUGGGUAUUUGGCAGAAUCUCAGAAUUUCGGCAAAUUGGCGACGAGCCCAGAAUCGGCAGCUCUCAUUGGUCUGUACCAUGGUCAAGUGGCAUGCAAGAAGAACCGCUUUGGAGCUCCGGAGAAAGAGCUGAAAACCUUGGCUAUCCUCGGAGCUGGCCUGAUGGGUGCAGGCAUUGCCCAGGUGUCAGUGGAUAAGGGGUUUCAUACCAUCCUGAAGGACACCACAUCAGAUGGCCUGAACCGGGGUCAGCAACAGGUUUACAAAGGACUCAAUGACAAAACCAGGAAGAAGAACAUCACGUCUUUCGAGAGGGACAGCACUCUGUGUAACCUGACCGGCCGGCUGGACUACGCUGGCUUUGAGAAGGCUGACAUGGUCGUGGAGGCCGUGUUUGAGGACAUCAACAUCAAACACAAAGUGCUGAGGGAGGUGGAGGCUGUUACUUCCCCUGACUGUAUAUUUGCUACCAACACAUCAGCGCUUCCCAUCAAAGACAUCGCUGCUGCCAGCAAACGGCCUGAAAAGGUGAUUGGCAUGCACUACUUCUCUCCGGUGGAUAAGAUGCAGCUGCUGGAGAUUAUCACCACAGACCAGACCUCACAUGACACCACCGCCGCCGCUGUCGCCGUGGGCCUCCGUCAGGGCAAAGUCAUUAUUGUUGUUGGGGACGGUCCAGGCUUCUACACAACACGCUGUCUGGCACCAAUGCUAGCAGAAGCAGUGAGGGCGUUGCAGGAAGGAGUGGACCCUAAGAAGCUGGAUGAUCUGACUAAAGGUUUUGGAUUCCCCGUGGGUCUCGCCACCCUUGCUGACGAGGUUGGCAUCGAUGUGGCCGCCCAUGUGGCAGAGGACCUGGGCAAGGCGUUUGGCUCGCGGUUUGGUGGCGGCGACGUUGAGGUGCUGAAGACCAUGGUGGAGAAAGGAUUCAAGGGUCGUAAGUCUGGAAAAGGAUGUUACGUUUACCAGCCAGGCAUUAAGAGUAAAGAUGUCAAUCCUGAUACUCUGGAGAUCUUGGAAAAAUUCAAAAAGACCCCACACCCAGCAGUGUCCUCCGACUCGGACGUCCAGUACCGGCUGGUGUCGCGCUUUGUGAACGAGGCCGUGCUGUGCCUGCAGGAAGGCAUCCUGGCCAACCCAGUGGAGGGAGACAUCGGAGCGGUGUUUGGCCUUGGAUUUCCACCCUGCCUUGGAGGUCCCUUCCGGUUUGUGGACAGUUUUGGGGCAGGCGCUCUGGUGGACAAGAUGAGGAGGUUCGAGGAGGUUUAUGGAAACCAGUUUACACCCUGUCAGUUGCUGCUGGACCACGCCAAGGACCCCAGCAGGAAGUUCCACCAGUGACCUGGACCACACUGUGCCAUCCCCGCUGCUGGUGGACUCACGGCUCCUGGAGGCUCCGCUUGUACAAACACAACCACUCUCUCUGAGGAGCCAGGCAUGAAGGAGGAGAUCAGCCCAGGGACCCGGCCUUAUUCGAGACAGGACGAACCUCUUAUUAUCAAGAGGCUGUCUCUCUAACUUUGCAAUUUGAGUUGCCUUUAGCACUACAGAUAUUCAGGUAGCAUCUGUCUGAUGAAAUGGCCUUUUAACAAACAUAUGAAUUUUUUUUUAAUUUAAUCUUUUUGUAAUGUUAUAUUUUCUACUUCUUACAGAGCAGUUUUUCAUGGCAGUUUGUAGACACUACAGCAAUGCACAGACCAGGCCAUUCCACAUCUGUGUAGAGCGCAUAAGAUUAAAAUCUCUUCCUCCGAUAGGUAGAGUAUACACACUUGGGAGUAAGUGUAUACACAGAGCUAAUAUAUGUAAGAAUUAGGCGUUCAAUUAUAAUUUUUUGAUGAGAGGAAAGUUAUUUAGCACUUAUGAUACAUAUUUUGCAGUGCCUAAGGACUUGGGCCUGUUUCCAUGCACUUGGCUUUUUGUGAAUAAACUGUAAAAACAAGUGUAACAUUUGAACAGUUAAUGUCACAAGAAACAUCCGAUGCUCCAUUCAUGAAUCACUCAUAACAUGUAACAUAACAUGUAACAGUCAAGCUGUAAAAAAGUAAUUGGAUUCAAAUAUCUCAAUUUCAUGUGCAUGACAAAUAUGAUUGUUUUGGGUAAACUGCAUGAUCUUCAUUGUGCAUCUUGCCAUUGAGAUGACAUUAGUGAUAUUCAAUUAAUUUCUUCAUGUCAGUGUAGAAGUUUACUUUUGCCCUUUAUGAUGGCAUCUAUUUUGCUAAAAGCAUUAAGAUUUUGUGUCUUCCAUCUGUCUUUCAUUGCCAGUUCUGGAGUCAUGGCAUUCGCACACACUGACAGUAAUUAUGAACAUAAAAAACAAUACAAUACA